AUGCUAGGAGACAACUAUGAUAACCGUCUGUAUGUUCUCCGCCGGAAAGCCAAAGGCAAUAGCCGCUUGGUCCUUAUCCCUUCGCUUCCUGCUUUGCCUUGUGGUGGAAGCUUUGUCGCGGUGGGGUCGAGGAUAUAUGUGUUUGGUGGGGUUAAUAAAGAUAAGACGACAACGAGUGCGGUAGCCAUCGACUGUAGAUCUCACACGGCGCAACCUCUCCCCAGCAUAUCUAUGCCAAUGUAUAACUCAGUGGCUGAUAUCAUCGACGGGAGAAUCUACGUAAUCGGAAACGGUGAUUGUGGCGAUAACGCAAAGAAGGUGAUGAUGGUGUUCAAUACAGAAACACAAAAGUGGGAGGAGGAGCCUGAGAUUAUAAAGGCAGACAUUGUGCUUGGUUACACGUGUUAUUAUGGCUGUGAGAUGAUGGCUGAUAAGUUGUGUAUGAGGGAUGGUGAUCACAGCUUUGUUUACGCUCCAGAGGAAAACAAACGCAAGAUCUCCAAUACCAUUUCAAGAUCACAAGUUUCUAACUCACAAAAUCAUAGUCACGCUUGUAAAUUCCUCGAGACUAAGAAAUGA